AUGGACAACGAAAAGAUUGUCGCUUCGGCUCUAGAAAGCGCAAUCCCCCCAUCGGAAGAGCACAUUGACGAGGAUACACAUGAAUAUAUCUCAUCUAUACUAUCCGAGGACCCCUUUGAUGAAGACACACGUGAAGCUGUUCGUGAACUGAUUUUGUCAGCAACGGAAGAUAAUGAUCAAGUGGAUGGAGUUGCGCUAUGCCAAUCGCUGUUCGAGCUCCUCGAUCUGGGGAAGGAAAGUGGCUCGGGCCCUGAUGGAAAAGGCGAAAAUGCGGAACCUGAACUCCGAAUGCUAGGCGAAUCUGUGACAAUGAAAAAACAGGAUGUCCAAACAUUUGCUUCUGGGCUCAGGGCCAAAACAGACAGCGGAGUUGAACUAGAGGAAUCAGCAAUCGCAUCCUUUUAUGCAAACAUGAUUGAUCCUAAUGCUUCCGAGGCUGCAAUAUCCGAGCGUGAUCGCCGUAAGGCAAGACAGAAAGAGAUGCGUAUUGAAAUGGAGGAGGAAGAGCGUCAACGAGCCAUCAAGGAGGCGAUGGAUAUGUUCCAGGACAAUGGUGAAGACGACAACGAAUCUUUGAUGGAGAAGGCCCAACAAGACAACAUGCAAGAUGUCCACUUGAAGAACUUUGAUCUGCCAAAUCUGCGAGGUGGUGGGCCGAAUCUCCUCCAAAACGCAAGCUUGACUCUAGCACGGGGGCGCAGAUUCGGGCUAAUGGGAAGAAAUGGAUGCGGAAAGACUACAUUCUUGACAUUCUUGGCGAAACGACAAAUUGCUGAUGCCAUCCCCAAGAACAUGAAUAUGCUAUUGGUGCGCCAAGAGAUUUUUGGUAAUGAAUUGUCAGCUGUCGAGACUGUCCUGAAAAGUGAUGUGAAGCGGGAGUCUGUCAAGCGAUACAUUGAAUGGCUUGAAAAAGAGCUCGACAAGCUUGAUAACCCUGAGAAGUAUGCUGAAGAAGAAAAGAACGAUGAGGGGGCAGCAGAAGCCAAAACUGCAUCAGAAAAGAAGAAAGAGUCGAAGGGAAAGCAAAAGUUGCGGGAUCGGAAGAAGCAAGGCGCUCAGCAAAAGGCCAAGAAGGCUGUUGCAUCUGUUUCGAAGGUGAAGGAGUCCAAGGAAGAAAGGAGAAAGCAAUUGAACCUGAAAUUGAUCCAAGCACACACUCGAUUGGGAGAAAUCGAGGCAGAGGAGGGUGGUGAUCCCGAGCCCCGAGCGAGAAAGGUUCUGGCUGGACUUGGAUUCUCCGUGGAGAUGCAAGAUAAGCCAACCCAAGCGCUCUCCGGAGGAUGGAGAAUGCGUGUUUCGUUGUCUUGUGCUUUGUUUGCCAGCCCCGCGCUGCUAUUGUUGGAUGAACCGACAAAUCAUUUGGAUUUGGAGGCUGUUCUUUGGCUCGAAAGAUACCUGACAAAGGAUUUCAAGGGUACACUGGUUGUUGUUUCGCACGAUCGCCAUUUCUUGAACGAAGUUGUUACUGACGUGGUCCAUUUUCACAAGGAUACCUUGACGACGUACCGUGGAGACAUUUCAAACUUUGAAGCUGUCCGUGCGGAUGACAAGUUGCGCCAGGAACGCCUCCGAGAACAGCAGGAAGCAAAGCGAGCCCACUUGCAAAAGUACAUUGAUCUUCAUGCUCAAGCUGGGGAGAACGGCCCGAAGGCCUCUCGCCAGAGAAAGUCGAAGAUGAAGAAGCUGGACAAACUUGGUGUCAUGUCACAGGAUGGAAAGAAAUGGAAAGCGAGCGACGGUGUUGAUGCCGAAGAAGUCGAGGAAGUGGAAGAAGAAGAAGACGUGACUUUGAUAUUCCCUGAUCCUGGUUCCUUUGACAAGGAUAUUAUUCGACUAGAUCAAGUGAAUUUUGGCUACUCUGCUGAAGAUGUCCUACUACAAAAUGUGGAUCUUACCGUGAACAUGAAAUCCAGAAUUGCUCUUCUCGGGCGAAACGGAUGCGGAAAGUCCACCUUGAUAAAACUCACAGUUGGCGGGCUGGAACCAUUGUCAGGUGCAGUCAGGAUUGACCCUCGAGCGAAAAUCGAAUACUUGGCACAGCACCAACUUGAACAAUUGGAUCCAGAUGGUACCCCAUUGCAAACAAUGGUUGACCGCUAUCCAGGAAACCGGAGUAACACUCACAUAGGAGAACUUCGACGUUACCUUGCCAACUUUGGACUGGGAGGCGAGAUCUUACCAAACCAGAAGAUUCAUACCAUGUCUGGAGGACAAAAGUGUCGACUCUGUUUGGCUUGUGCCAUGUACCGAAAGCCGCACCUAUUGAUUCUGGAUGAACCUACAAAUCACUUGGAUUUGGAAACAACUGAGGCCUUAAUCGAAGCAAUUCGCGGAUUCAAUGGUGGGGUGCUACUUGUCAGUCACGACCAGCACUUGUUGACGAGCGUGUGUGAUGACCUUUUAGUGGUCGAGAAGCGUCGACUUGGAAUCCUCCGAGAUGGGAAUUCCAACAAAGAUGCCUUUGAAGCAUACAAGCGAGCCGUUGUGGCUGGGAAACGGUAG